CUCAACUCGAAGAAUAUCACCUACCUACAAAGUUAGAGAAAUUAAGUGAUAUCUCUUGUACUGAAGAAAUGUCAACAGAUCUCAGAGCCACUACUCCGGGUUUUCGUGAUAUCCCAUCUACCAUCGUUCGAGCUACAGUCGUCCAGGCCUCCACCGUCUAUAACGAUACUCCCAAAACUAUAGGUGAUUCGCUCUUUUUUCUUUCUCUUAGAGUGUCCUUGCAAGCCGACCACGGAUCUGUUAAAAUUAUAUCAAAUGAUUUACUUGAGUUUGCAGAAAAGGCGGAGAAAUUUAUAGCGCAGGCAGCGAGCGACCGAGCGCAGCUGGUGGUCUUCCCUGAGGCGUUUAUCGGUGGAUAUCCUCGUGGAUAUAGGUUUGGCAUAGGGGUUGGCGUUCAUAACGAAGCUGGCCGUGACUGUUUCCGCACAUAUCAUGCUUCUGCCAUUGUGGUUCCUGGCCCUGAAGUAGACAAGCUGGCGGAGAUAGCUAGGAAAUACAAAGUGUACUUGGUGAUGGGAGCGAUAGAGAAGGAUGGGUAUACACUCUAUUGCACAGCCCUUUUCUUCAGUUCCGAAGGUCGCUUCUUGGGCAAGCAUCGUAAAGUCAUGCCGACAUCUCUCGAACGUUGCAUCUGGGGUUAUGGGGAUGGAUCAACCAUCCCUGUCUACGAUACUCCCCUUGGCAAACUCGGUGCUGCUAUUUGCUGGGAAAAUAGGAUGCCCCUCUUCAGAAAUUCCUUGUACGGAAAAGGAAUUGAAUUGUAUUGUGCCCCCACCGCUGACGGUUCGAAGGAAUGGCAAUCGUCGAUGAUGCACAUUGCUAUGGAGGGUGGAUGUUUCGUGAUGUCAACUUGCCAGUUCUGCCUGCGUAAAGAUUUCCCUGACCAUCCCGAUUACGUGUUUACCGACUGGUAUGACGAUCAACACCAAGAGGCUAUUGUCUCCCAGGGCGGUGGUGUCAUUAUUUCACCAUUGGGAAAGAUUCUCGCCGGACCAAACUUUGAAUCCGAGGGUCUCAUCACCGCUGAUCUUGAUCUUGGUGAUAUCGCAAGAGCCAAGUUAUACUUCGAUGUGGUUGGACAUUACUCAAGGCCAGAUAUAUUUAACUUGACAGUUAAUGAGAACCAAAGGAAACCGGUUACAUUCGUGUCCAAGUCGGUGAACGCGGAGGAUGAAUCAGAGCCUCAAGACACGUAAUCAAAGAUAUAAAGGUCCUCUCUCAUCUCCACAACUACUGGAGUUAAUGUCAGUUAUAUGUUAUCAAAUAAAUCUGUUUCAGACACUAUGUUAAGUUUGUUUAUACUUAUGUUCAAUAAUUGAAGAGACACGGAUGGAAAUGGUUUGAUCUAUGGUGUCUGAUAAAACCAUUCGGUUCUCUUCUCUGAUAUCUGAAUAUUAUGAAAUUUAUUUGUUGUUGAAAAAUGUUUUAUAUCUAAUGUAAUAUCAAAUCUAGAAUUUUAUGCAGCGGCUACUGGAUUUAUGUUAGUCAUAUGUUGUUGUCAGCUCAAGUAAAUCUGUUUGACAAACUAUGUUAAGUUCGUUUAUACUUAUGAAGAGCGAGGAUGACCCAGUGGGUUUGAGGGAGAUUCUGCCUUAAUAUGAAUCCGGAUUCAAAUUUUGUUGGCUACUAUGAAAAAAUUUAAUAUUUGGGUUUUCUAAACAUCUGGUGCCAAGGUGUACUCUGACCAUAACGUAGAUUGCUACGGA